GCCGCUGAGUGAGCGGGAGUUUCAGCGUGGGGAUGAGAUUGCUUGGUACGCUGACGGGGAUAAGAUGGUGAGGAGCGAGUAUAAUCCGGCCACAGCUUAUGCAUUUGACAAAGUUUUUGGUCCUGCCACAACGUCAAAGGCCGUUUAUGAUGUUGCUGCUCAGCCAGUUGUUAAGGCUGCAAUGGAAGGCAUUAACGGUACCGUUUUUGCCUAUGGUGUUACAAGUAGUGGGAAGACUCAUACAAUGCAUGGUGAUCAGAGAUGUCCUGGAAUCAUACCAUUGGCCAUCAAAGACGUUUUCAGUAUAAUUCAAGAUACUCCGGGAAGAGAGUUUUUACUUCGUGUUUCAUAUCUUGAGAUUUACAACGAGGUGAUAAAUGAUUUACUUGAUCCCACGGGGCAAAAUCUGCGCGUCAGAGAAGAUGCUCAGGGAACUUAUGUUGAGGGAAUAAAGGAAGAAGUUGUUUUAUCUCCUGGACAUGCACUUUCCUUUAUUGCUGCUGGUGAAGAGCAUCGCCAUGUGGGUUCUAAUAACUUUAACUUGUUUAGCAGUCGGAGUCACACUAUCUUUACACUGAUGAUUGAGAGCAGUGCUCAUGGCGAUGAAUAUGAUGGAGUGAUGUACUCUCAACUGAAUCUGAUUGAUCUAGCUGGCUCUGAAAGUUCCAAAACGGAGACAACUGGGCUAAGGAGAAAGGAGGGAUCAUAUAUAAACAAAAGUCUUUUAACUCUUGGAACUGUAAUCGGAAAGCUAAGUGAUGGAAAGGCUUGUCAUAUACCUUAUCGUGACUCUAAGUUGACUCGCCUUCUACAAUCGUCUUUGAGUGGCCACGGUCAUGUGUCGCUUAUUUGCACAGUUACUCCUGCAUCUAGUAAUAUGGAAGAAACACAUAACACAUUGAAGUUUGCAAGUAGGGCAAAGCGUGUUGAGAUUUAUGCUUCUCGUAAUCGGAUUAUAGAUGAAAAAUCACUUAUCAAAAAGUACCAGAAAGAAAUAUCAGUGUUAAAACAAGAGCUUGAUCAGCUUAGGAGUGGGAUGCUUCCUGGUAUCACUCACGAGGAAAUUCUGAGCCUGAAGCAACAGCUUGAAGAAGGUCAAGUAAAGAUGCAAUCUCGUUUGGAGGAGGAAGAAGAAGCAAAAGCUGCUUUGAUGAGUAGAAUACAAAGAUUAACCAAGCUAAUACUUGUUUCCACAAAAAAUACUAUUCCCGGAUGUUUAAGUGAACCUGGUCACCAGAAUCCAGAAGACGAUAAAUUGGAUCUUCUGCGUGAAGGUUCUCCAAAACUUCUCGAAACUGAGGGCUCCUUAAAGGAUGGCAUCAGUCCUAAUGAAGAGAAUCCUUCAUUGAGUAGCCUCACAGAAGCUGCACAAGGUGGAAAUGCAAACGGUGACAAGCUCUCAAUGGCUGGGAUAACGAUGUCAGAUCAAAUGGAUCUCCUUGUGGAGCAGGUUAAAAUGCUUGCCGGAGAGAUUGCUUUCAGUACCAGUACACUGAAACGAUUAGUAGAGCAGUCUGUCAAUGAUCCAGAUGGCUCACAAGUUCAAAUUCAGAACUUGGAAAGAGAAAUCCAGGAGAAAAGGAGACAAAUGAGGGCCUUGGAGCAACGGAUUAUGGAGAGUGGCGACGCAUCAGUAGCCAAUGCAUCGUUGGUUGAUAUGCAGCAGACUAUCAUGAAGUUGACGACGCAGUGCAGCGAAAAGGGAUUUGAACUAGAGUUAAAAACAGCGGACAACCGUAUCCUUCAGGAGCAACUACAGCAGAAGUGCACUGAAAACAACGAACUUCAAGAGAAAGUUCUCCUUCUGCAGGAGCAGAUAAAUUCAAUGAAAACCGAUAUGCAAUUAUCAUCUCCAGAACAGACCUUCUCAACUGAAAUUGCUGAGUUGAGGAGCAGAUCACGAUCUCAGGAGACUGAGAAUAAGAAAUUAACACAGGAGCGCCUUAAGCUCAUAGACGAGAACCGAGGUUUGCUUAGUCAAAACCAGAAACUAGCAGACGAAGCUUCUUAUGCGAAAGAAUUGGCCUCUGCUGCUGCAGUUGAACUUAAAAACUUGGCCGAGGAAGUAACCAAACUCUCAUUGGAAAAUGCAAGACAAGCACAGGAGUUAUUAGUUGCUCAAGAGAUGGCAUACUCUAGAAGUAACAGUGUCAUUCGGAAGAAUGAAGGUGUCAAAUUGGGGAGAAGAAAUAAUGAAUUUGAUGAUAUGAAGAUAGAGUUGCAAGUAAGGAAGCAAAGAGAAGCUGCUCUGGAAGCUGCUUUAGCUGAAAAGGAGAUCCUAGAAGAGGAAUACAAAAGAAAAUUUGAUGAAGCCAAGAAAAGAGAAGCAUCUUUAGAGAAUGAUUUAGCUGGCAUGUGGGUGCUCGUUGCUAAACUGAAGAAAGGUGGUUCGGAUAUAUCUGAGUUUGGAGCUGAUGAAAGGGCUGCCAAUGGAGCAGAUUUCACGAAUGACCAGAAAGAGAAUAAAAAUGAUAAUAAUAACGCUUUUGCGAAAGAAAGGCAGAUAUCUAAUGGAUUGAUAAAGCCAAACGGUGAGCAGUUGAAUCACAGUCCGGAAUUUGAACCUCUGCUCAACCGUUUGAAGGCCAAAAUCCAAGAGAUGAAGGAGAAAGAACUGGACUCUGUAGGGAACGGGGACACAGAUUCUCAUGUUUGUAAAGUUUGCUUUGAAUCUCCUGCAGCUGCAGUUCUACUUCCAUGUCGGCAUUUUUGUUUGUGUAAACCUUGUUCACAAGCUUGUUCUGAGUGCCCUCUUUGUCGCACAAAAAUUACAGAUAGGAUUAUUGCUUUUACAUAGUAAAUUGGCAACUCUGGAUUCAGGGCGGCUCUAUUCUCUUGUUCCUCUGUCUUAUGUAUAAUUGAUGCCAGUUUAAUUCUUUCGUUGUUCUUCGAAAGGUAUAUUGCCAUUUCCUUCUACAAGUGCAAUUAAUUUCCCCUCAAUUUUAUAGGCUAGUUUGAUUCGGCCUGCAGCUUAUUUCAUUUUAAAUUUUUUUUUACCCCUUUUGUUUCCUUUUUUGAGGGGAAUGAAAUGUACAUGAAAAAUAUCUCCUGCUGCAAAUAUGUACAGAAGCACGAGAAUUGCUAUUGUAAUAGAAUCAGUUAAAAGGGUACAAAAUAGUGACCAGAGAUUCAGGGGAGCCGCUAGUUCCCCCUUCGGUGUUGCUUGUUACGUUCAUUUCUCAGACUCUUAGAUUGUGGCAAUUCACAAUCAACAAAUACUUUAAAAUUGUGUAGUAAAUGAGCUAAUUACUCUUUUCUUAUCUAUUAAAAAUAAUCAGAACUUUGUUCAA